AAUCCGCAUCAUCCUGUCCAGAAGAACCCGGAGGAGCCGGUCAGCUGUUUAUCGAUCAUGAUAAAUAAUGUGCGUGGAUCAAAGGACAGUAUCAGCAUGGAUCAAAAACAUGACGAACGCAUGCAAAGCCACAGGUGUCAUCUGCUGGACCUGCCCUGGGAGGAUGUGUUAGUUACACACGUGUUCUGUUACCUGCCUCUGCGUCACCUGGUCAGCCUGCAGCGCGUCAGCAAGAGCUUUCGUUCCCUCAUACACGUGUACCUGGCCAACUGCCGUAAGUUUGACCCUGCGCAGACGGGGCCAAACAUUCCCAAAGAAGCCUUCUGCUCCAUCCUUCGCCACAAUCAAGUUCUCCACCACCUCUGUGUCAGCAACUGCUCUGAUUGGAUCUCUGAUAAAGAGCUUCUGCCUGUGAUUGGUCAGAACCAGCACCUGCUGCGCGUGGACCUGCGUGGCUGUGUUCAUCUGAGCCGUCACGCUCUGGUGGCGGUGUCUCUGAGCUGCCCGCGUCUCACACACCUGAGCCUGGCACACUGCGAGUGGGUGGACAGCCUGGCGCUGCGCAGUCUAGCGGAUCACUGCUCGGACCUGCGCUCGCUGGACGUCACCGCCUGCCGACAGCUGAAGGACGAGGUCGUGUGUUACGUGGCGGGGAAGUGCCCGGCGCUGCGCUCGCUCUCAGUGGCGGUUAAUGCCAACAUCACGGACACGGCGGUCGAGGAAGUGGCCAAGAAGUGCAGAGAGCUGGAGGAGCUGGACCUCACCGGGUGCCUGCGGGUGCGAAACCAAGCCAUCAGGACGUUAGCCGAGUACUGCCCCAAACUGCGGUCGCUCAAAGUCAAUCACUGUCACAACGUAACCGAGUCCAGUCUGGGUGUUCUGCGCCGGCGUAACGUGGAGAUCGACGUGGAACCUCCCCUACAGAGGGCGCUAGUGCUUCUGCAGGACGUCGUGGGAUUCGCUCCGUUUAUUAACCUGCAGAUUUAACACAUCAGGAACAUCCAGAAGAGGUCUUCUCUCAUCUUACAUGAUCUUUCUCUGGAUGCCUGACAUUUGAAACAACACAUUUGUACACCAAUGCAAUAUCACAGAAGACACACCGCAAAUCCACAUCUCACGUGCUUGAUUGUUUUAGUGUAUUUUAGCAUUUAAAAAGAAACACUACGAUUUACUUGGUUUUCAGAAUGGGGCUUGAUCAAAUCUGGUCUUUUAUGAAAA